AUGGCGGACACAAACUCUCCUUACGUUCUUUGGCCACCUUCUAGUAGACAGCGAUGCAACGCCGAGGAGAGAGCUGCUUACUUCAGUGCACUGUGCCAGGAAGAAGCGGUCGAUACCAACGGCCUCCUGCCCAGAGGUAAGCAGGCGAGCACUUUGAAGGAGCUCAUGAUCAUCCGCGCAUUUCACAGCCACGUCCUACGUCACUGCAGCCUCGGCACGGCACUCGGCUUUCGCAUCCGCGAUGGCACACUGACCGACAUUCCCGCCGUGCUGGUUUUCGUUGGCCGAAAAGUGCACUUGCGAUGGCUCCUGGAUGUUCAGAGACUGCCGAUUACCCUACAGGGGCCGGGUGGAGUUUGGUGCGACUUGGACGUGGUGGAAUUUUCUUACUUCGGAAAUCCUGCUGUUUCUCACAAAGAGCAAUUCUACUCGGAGCUGCUGGAGGCCCUAAGAGGAUGUGAUUCGUCCAUUGGAUCAGGGUCACAGGUGGCGAGUCAGGAAACGUAUGGAACAAUGGCGUGCAUUGUUCGGAGUCUAACUCCUGAGCAUGAGCUUGGAUUCUUGACCAAUAGGCAUGUCGCCGUACACUUAGACAAUCCACAUCAGAAAAUGUUUCAUCCUUUGCCUCCAAAUUUAGGUCCCGGAGUUUACUUGGGAUCUGUGGAGAGGGCAACUUCCUUUAUCACGGACGAUCUAUGGUAUGGUGGAAUAUUUGCCGGACUAAACGAAGAAACUUUCAUACGAGCGGAUGGGGCUUUCAUUCCUUUCGCGAAGAGCUUCGACCUGAGAACGAUCACAGCGGAUCUGAAGGGGGCUGGGGAGAUGGGGGACAUCGUGCGGAUCGAUCUGGAUGCACCGAUAGGAAGUAUAAUGGGCCAGCAUGUGGUUAAGGUGGGCAGAAGCUCGGGCCUCACCAAAGGCGUCAUCAGGGCAUACGCUUUGGAGUACAACGACGAGAGAGAAAUCUGCUACUUUUCGGACUUUCUAAUUGUCGGGGAAAACGAUCAGCCGUUCGACUCCGUAGGAGACAAUGGGAGUUUGAUUCUUCUCGCGGGCAAAGAGGACGAGAAGCCACGGCCGUUCGGAAUCAUGUGGGGAGGCAGUCCUAAUAGGGGCCUCUUGAAGCUUUGCAAUGGACGGGCACCGGAGACUUGGACAAGCUGCGUGGAUCUCGGCCGUCUCCUGGACCUCCUUCAACUGGAGCUCAUUACAACGCAGUCGCGUCUUGAAGGUGCCAUAGAAGAACAUUGGCAGAUUCAUCAUCCAGCACAUCAAGAGGGAGAAAACGGGAAUUCAGCAUAUGAAUCGAAUUAUUGGGAUUACAUGAAGGAGAGGGACGACCUCGAGCGCAUCCCAUGCACAGCAUUUGCACCUCCAGAGGAAGUGGCUUAUCGUCAGCUGAUGAAAGCCAAACGAACGGAUCCACCGUCUUGUACUCCUUCAUGCACUGAGAGCCACUCGUCAAUCACAUCGCAGAGAGUCGACCUAGCAAGAGGCAAUCAGCGGGAAAAGCAGAUCAAGGACGGAGACGAGCGACCAGAAGAUCGUCUUUUCAGAAUCUCAGACACUGAAGGAAAGCGCAAGCGACUAUGUCGCUGA